UUGUUGCCUCUCGCCGAAUUUGGAGCGCAUUUUUUGGACUCGCACGAAUGAUCUUCUGCGUGUAAAAUCAUUGUAAAAUCGUUGUACGCGUAUCGAAUGAGCGGCAGGACCAGCGGCACCAAGUAAAGUGCAACCAAUUCUGAUCGUUAUGUGUGUGGUGUGUUAAGCGGUGCGCGCCGUGCUGCAACUGGUGUUUUGCGCCAUCAUGUUCAUCACCGAUCUGCGUAAGGAGUUCUACCAGGAGCUGAUCGGCAAGCGGCUGCUGGUGCUGGUGAACUACGAUAUCGAUGCGAUCUGUGCGAGCAAGAUUCUGCAGUCACUGUUUCGCUGCGAUAAUGUGCUCUACUCGCUGGUACCGAUUAUGGGCCUGGCGGGGUUGAGGCGGGCCUACAACGAGCACAAAGAGGACGUCCGCUACGUGCUGCUGGUCAACUGUGGCGGUUGCAUCGACAUCGUAGACGUGCUGCAGCCCGAGCAGGAUGUCGUCUUCUUCAUCUGCGACUCUCACCGACCGUACGACGUGUGUAAUGUGUACAGCGAUGGCCAGGUUCAGAUACUUGGGGAGAUGAACCCGAAUGAAAACAUCCCGGCGUUCGAAGACAUUUUUCAAGAUUCGGACGACGAGAGCGACGACGAGGACGGUGGUUAUGAAGGUGGUGGUGGCGAUGAGGACAGUGAUGGCGAAUCGGGAGGUGCUAACCAGCGAGUGAAUCGUAUCGAGAAGCGCCUGCUGCGACGCCGAGAACGCAAAGCCUGGCAGGAGCGUCGCAAUACGCUCAUGUUCGAGUACGCACAGUACGCCUACUACGCUCAAAGUUCGGCUCUCACAGUGUUCGAGCUAGCCUGGCACAUGUCGAAGGACUCGAUCGAUCUGCUCUGGUGGGCGAUCGUCGGUGUUACCGAGCAGAAGCUACUCGGCAAGCUCGAAAGUUCCUCCUACACGCUGCUUAUGCAACGCAUCCAGUCACACGUAUCACGCCUUACGAAUAAGGCGAGCGAUCAAGCCAUCCAGACGUCGGUGAAGAUCGUUUUCGAAAGUGAUCUGCAGCUAGCCCUGUUCCGGCACUGGAGCGUGCUGGAUUCAUUUCGGUACUCGUACUAUCCCGCCUGCCGUCUAAAGCUUUGGACCUACAAAGGCGAGAAAGUGAUGCAUGAAAUGCUCGUCGACAUGGGACUACCGCUGGUUCAGGCCAAACAAACGUUCAGCGCGAUGGAUCUCGUGCUGAGGAAAGAGUUCUACGAGAAGAUGGAAAAGUUUGCCGAAAAAUACAACAUGCCGGAAGUGACGUACGCGUCGUUUGUGCUGAAUUACGGCUACCGGAAUCGCUACUCGGCCGCCGACUACGUCUACGCCAUGCUUGCUAUCCUCGAAUCGGUGGGUAAGAAUCGGCUUCCGGAGGCGUGCUUUCUCGAAUCGAUGGAUGCCCUCUCACGAGCCGAAAAACCGGUGCUGGAUGAGGGAAUCGACCGGUGCAAGACGCUGCUGAUGACCAUCUUCAAGCAGGUGCAGAGCAGCCUUGAACUGCACCAGGUCCGAUCGGGAGGAGGGUUCCUCUACCUAGUGCUGCAGGAGGAGGUGCCGUUCUUUAGCUGCCCGUAUGGGUUGCUCAUGCUGGCGCGCUUCUUACUGCGAGCUCACGUGGCCGUCUCGCGCAAUGUACGAGCCAAAGAGCUGCCCCUGAUUGUCAUCGCACCAAUCAGUCUGCAGCGAGGUAUUUCGCUGCUUGCCGGUGUACCACCCGUCGUCGAGGACAGUCGGCACUUUUUUGCCAAGGCUUUCGAGGACGCCAGCAACCGGAGUGGGGCCGUGAUAUCGCAGGACUUUUUUGAAACUGCCGUCAUUCAGAUUCAACACGCGGAUUGUGCGAAAUUCUUCGAUGCACUGAACGUAAUUUUAAGCUGAUCGUCUCUACCUUUCUGUAUAUGUGCGUAUGUGUGCAAAGGCACUUAAAGUUCACCGCUGGUCCCCUGUUCCACUUUCACGUAUGUAAUGUUCGGGAGCCUCCGCUAGUCGUCGCAGCGUUCGAAAUCGUUCUGUUCAGGGCGUGUCGUUAUCGGAAGGAUAGGAUGCUCAGGAUAGCGCAAUGAAGGAGAAUUCUAUUUUACACAUUUCGACCUCUACUUUCCAGCUCUUGAAAAGAAUACAUUCUCCUCGUGCUUACUCACCGUCGUCGUCCGGCAAAAGACAUGCAGUUGCAGUUUUCUGGCGGCACCAAAAAAAGGUACAAUGAAUUAUUUAAUAAGAAUUUAGGGGAGUUAAGAGUAAGGAGAGUUCAAAUAGUGUUUUGUGAGGAGAGAUAAAAUUGUCAAAUAAAUUCGAACAGGAGGAUGUGAUAUGACUCCGUCUAAUAA